AGGCUUCGGCCACGCAUUGAGCGAUGAGCGACUGAGCGACUGAGCGACGCUCUCUCGAGCGACGUAAAAUAUUAAAGCUUAUGAGAGAGCAUUGGAGUGGCCACGUAGCCGCUGAGCGACGAGCGAAGUUCUUGAGCGUCAGAGCGACGUCGCUCAGCGCUAGAAUUGGUUUUAAUUUUUAGUGCAUCGCUCAGCGACAAAAUGCAAACAAUGCAAAAAAUAUGCGCGGAAAGUUUAAUUUCGGCUGUUCAAAGCCGAACCGUUUUAUGGAACGACAUUCAUAAAGAGUACAAAAAUAGAAAUACUACUGAUAAGGAAUGGAAUGAAGUAGGAGUUAUUUGUAACUGUACAGGAGCUGCAGCAAAGGCCAAAUGGAAAAAUUUAAAGGAUACAUAUAGAAGGACAUUGCAAAAACUACCACGCCUACCAUCAGGAUCCGAAGCUCAAACAUUUAAUGUUAAAUGGCCAUACUUGGAGCUGAUGUCUUUUUUAAAAAAGACAGUUGCUCCAGAUCCGACUGAGGGCAAUUUGCAGCAGGACGAUGAAAGCAUGAAUGACAUGCUUUCAGAUAUGCUUCAUGAAGAUGAAAGCAAUAUGUCUAUGAUGUCAACAUCAUCUACAAGUAUGGUCGCAAAAUCUACGCCCAGAAAAAGAAAAAUUAAUAUGGAAACCGAAUUCUUGGAGAUAGAAAAAGAGCGACUGGAAAUGUUGAGAAAUCAAAUCGGAAAAGAAAAAGAAACAGAUGAAGAAAACAAAAACGAAGAUUUAUUAUUUUUUAAAUCACUUUUGCCUUUUUUCAAAAAUUUACUGACAUCGAAAAGUUGGAGAUUAGAAAUGAAAUACAAAAUAUAUUAAUUGUUAAGAUUAAAAAU